AUGGCUGCCGGCAGCACCGUUCUCCUCCUCCUUCUCCUGCCCUGGCUCGUCCCGGCCUCGCACAGCCCACCCGGCUGCAAAAUCCGGAUCACUGCCAAGGGGCUGGAGCUGGUGAAGCAGGAGGGGCUGCGCUUCGUGGAGCAGGAGCUGCAGAACAUCACUGUGUCAGACCUGCAUGGAAAGGAGGGGCCACUCCACUACAACAUCAGUCAGGUCAAGGUGACAGACCUGCAGCUGGCAUCUUCUGACCUGCACUUCCAGCCUCAGCAGCACCUCGUAUUCAACAUCAGUGACGCCUCCAUCAGCCUGCGGUUCCGCAGGCAGCUGCUCUACUGGUUCUUCUACGACAUUGGGUCCAUCAAUGCCUCGGCGGAUGGUGUCCACAUCCACACUGUGCUGCAGCUGGCCAAGGAUGAGGUUGGGCGCCUGAAGAUCUCCAACAUGACCUGCAAUGCCUCCAUUGCCAGAAUGCACGCAGGCUUCUCCGGCACACUCAGGAAGGUCUACGAGUUCCUAAGCACCUUCAUCGUUACAGGGAUGCGCUUCCUCCUCAGCCAGCAGAUCUGCCCGUCCCUGGAGCACGCCAGCCUUGUGCUGUUGAACUCCCUGCUGGACACAGUGCCUGUGAGGAACUAUGUGGAUGAUCACAUCGGGAUUGACUACUCCCUCCUGCGGGAUCCAGCCAUCUCCAUGGACACCCUUGACCUAGACUUCAAGGGUAUGUUCUUCCCCCGCGCAAGAGAGAACCUGGAGCUGGAAAAUCAUGCGGUGGAGCCGGUGAUCAAGGAGACUGAGCGGAUGGUCUACGUUGCCUUCUCUGAGUACUUCUUUGACACAGCCAUGCAGGCGUACUUCCAGGCAGGCGUGCUGGCCAUUGAGCUCCAGGGGGAGAAAGUGCCCAAGGAUCUGGAGGUUUUGCUGAGAGCCACCUUCUUUGGGUCCAUCUUCAUGCUGAGUCCUGCCGUGGAUGCUCCCUUGCGGCUGGUGUUGCAGGCGUCGGCUGCGCCCCGCUGCAUCAUCAAGCCCUCAGGCACCUCUGUCUCCGUCUCUGCCUUCCUCAACAUCUCGCUGGUGCCAGCCGGACGGCCCGCCAUCCCGCUCUCCAGCAUGGCCAUGGAAACCAAGCUGAGUGCCAAGGUGUUUCUGCAAGGGAAGGCGCUUCGCGUGCAGCUGAACAUGCGCCGGUUUCGCAUCUACUCCAAGCAGUCCGCACUGGAGUCACUAGCGCUCUUCUCACUGCAGGCACCACUGAAGACCCUGCUGCAGCUGACCAUCAUGCCCAUCAUUAACGAGAGGACUAAAAAGGGAGUGCAGAUCCCACUGCCUGAAGGGAUGGACUUCACCAAGGAGGUGGUCACCAACCAUGCGGGAUUCCUCACCGUGGGAGCUGAUCUCCACUUCUCCAAGGGGCUGCGGGAAGUGAUUGAGAAAUACCGCCCAGCCCCUACCGCUCCAGCCCACCCCAGCUCGCGGCCCACAGCACCCAGUGCAGACCCUCGCCCGCUCUAGUUCUCCCCCUCGCUCCAUCACCCUGGACCGCGGGCAGAUCCCGGGCUGGACCCGUAGGCUGUAGGUAGAAAGCAGCUUUGCCAGUAGUGCUGGCACAUCUUGCAGGGCGCCUGUGCCCUGGUGGGAGCAGCAAGGUGGAGACGGCUGCUCUGGGAACCCCUGCUGCACCCCUUACCCUGCACCAAUAAACCACUCCAACCUGUGCGGCGUCGUUGCUCAGA